AUGAUUAAAUUAAUAUCUAGAUUUUGUACUUUGCAAAAAUACUACCCUACAAAAUAUGUAGCACCUAAUUUAUGGGUCAAUCAAAAAUACAUUCCAAUUUUUAAGUAGAAGGAGUUGUCUCCAGAAGAGUAAAAAUAGAAAAUAUACUUGCGAAUGGCAAAAUUAGUUCCAAUCACACUUUAUUCUAGUUAUUGGCUAUUUUUUGGAUCUCUAGAUGUCGUACAUACUUCAGCAUUUUUAGGAUUGUUUGUAUGAUAUUUUACCUUAUUACUUAGUUUUUGUACUCAAAAUCAAGAUUUACACAUUUAUAAUAAGAAGCAAAGAAACCUGAAUACAUUUAUAUGGAUAAGGAUGGCAAAGAGUAUGUGAUUAUUUAUAAAUUAAAUGCUUCUGAACCUCAGAGUAAAUAUGAUGAUUAGAAAUUAAGAGAGAUUUUCAAAUUGAAUGAGAAUUAUGGAUUAUUAAAAUUCAAUGUCAAUGAUUUCAAAAUUGUAAACUCUGCAGCUCAACCAAAAAGCGAAUAUGAAUUAUAUAAUUUAUUUGCCCUUGAAAAUAGCGAAGAAGAAAUUAUUAAAAGACCUCAUAAUAUGUUUGAGUUGGAUAUUAAUUAGAAGUUAGUCUUAAUUAAGUUUGGCCAAAACGAAUAUAGUGGUAUGAAUGAAUAUUUAAACGCUUUGAUGAGUAAGAAAUAAAUUAUAAUAAAAUGA